CGCAGAAGGGGGCGGGGGAGAAAGGUGCAAAAGUGGCCGGGAGCGCCAGGCAGGCUGUCUGCUGCUGCUGCUUUCCUGUGUGGAAGGCAGCGUGUGGCCACCACAAGCUCAAGGGGCUAACCUGGGAAGUGGGAGUGCACGCGUUCAGAGCAGCUUCUGGGAGGUCUGGAAUAGUUUAGAGAGAGCCUCACGCUCUCGAAUGCUGAGCAGGAGGGAUUUUGGAUGCCGGGGCAGCUGAGAGCUAGAAACCAAGGGCACGGGAGAUCAGUCGUGAGGGCGGUAGGUUUGGGGGUGGCUGGUGGGCGCUACGUUGGAGAGCUUGGUUUGGAGUUUUCUACUGUCUUGCUCCUGUUGGGCAGACCCACGCUCUGCGCCUUUGUACAAGAAACGGUGUCUCCUGGGGCUAGGAAGGCGCCAGGAUGGCCUGGGCUUUGAAGCUGCCCCUGGCCGAUGAAGUGAUUGAAUCCGGGCUGGUGCAGGACUUUGAUGCUAGCCUGUCCGGGAUCGGCCAGGAACUGGGUGCUGGUGCAUAUAGCAUGAGUGAUGUCCUUGCAUUGCCCAUUUUUAAGCAAGAAGAGUCAAAUUUGCCUCCAGAUAAUGAGAAUAAAAUCCUACCUUUUCAAUAUGUGCUUUGUGCUGCCACCUCUCCAGCAGUGAAACUCCAUGAUGAAACCCUGACGUAUCUAAAUCAAGGACAGUCUUAUGAAAUCCGAAUGCUAGACAACAGGAAACUUGGAGAACUUCCAGAAAUUAAUGGAAAAUUGGUGAAGAGUAUAUUCCGUGUAGUGUUCCAUGACAGAAGGCUACAGUAUACUGAACAUCAGCAACUGGAGGGCUGGAGGUGGAACCGACCUGGAGAUAGAAUUCUUGACAUAGAUAUCCCAAUGUCUGUGGGUAUAAUUGAUCCUAGGGCUAAUCCAACCCAACUAAAUACAGUGGAGUUCUUGUGGGACCCUGCAAAGAGGACAUCUGUGUUUAUUCAGGUGCACUGUAUUAGCACGGAGUUCACUAUGAGGAAACACGGUGGAGAAAAGGGGGUACCUUUCAGAGUACAAAUUGAUACCUUCAAGGAGAAUGAGAAUGGGGAGUAUACUGAGCACUUACACUCAGCCAGCUGCCAGAUCAAAGUCUUCAAGCCUAAAGGUGCAGAUAGAAAGCAAAAAACAGAUAGAGAGAAAAUGGAGAAACGAACACCUCAUGAAAAGGAGAAAUACCAACCUUCCUAUGAGACAACGAUACUCACAGAGUGUUCUCCAUGGCCUGAGAUCACGUACGUCAAUAAUUCCCCAUCACCUGGCUUCAACAGUUCCCAUAGCAGUUUUUCUCUUGGGGAAGGAAAUGGCUCACCAAAUCACCAGCCAGAACCACCCCCUCCAGUCACAGAUAACCUUUUGCCAACAACCACACCUCAGGAAGCUCAGCAAUGGUUGCAUCGAAACCGUUUUUCUACAUUCACAAGGCUCUUCACAAACUUCUCAGGGGCAGAUUUAUUGAAACUAACUAGAGAUGAUGUGAUCCAAAUCUGUGGCCCUGCAGAUGGAAUCAGACUUUUUAAUGCAUUGAAAGGCCGGAUGGUGCGUCCAAGGUUAACCAUUUAUGUUUGUCAAGAAUCAUUGCAGUUGAGGGAGCAACAGCAGCAACAACAGCAGCAGCAGCAGAAGCAUGAGGAUGGAGACUCAAAUGGUACUUUCUUCGUGUACCACGCUAUCUAUCUAGAAGAACUGACGGCUGUUGAAUUGACAGAAAAAAUCGCUCAGCUUUUCAGCAUUUCCCCUCGCCAGAUCAGCCAGAUUUACAAGCAGGGGCCAACAGGAAUCCAUGUGCUCAUCAGUGAUGAGAUGAUACAGAACUUUCAGGAAGAAGCCUGUUUUAUUCUGGAUACAAUGAAAGCAGAAACCAAUGAUAGCUAUCAUGUCAUACUGAAGUAGGAGGGGACAUUCCAUGUCCUGUGGCUGCUGCUGCUGCUUUCUCCUGAAAACUGCCCUCUUGAGGAGGGGUGUGAAUGAAGCUUUGAAGGUCUGCAGGAACCCAACCAUCUGCCUGUGUGUGGGGACGUCCAGGCCAUGGAGGUGGAAUCCCAGCCCUCUGUGUUAACCUAAGCUCUUGCAGCACACACAGACUACUGCCUAAAAUGCAGUAUUUCUGCAGCUAUUUCAUGGUUAAAAUUUCUGGACUCUGUUGUUAUUGACUAUCAGUAGAAACUCUGCAUUAUUUAGGGUAUAUGUAAGGUAUAAUGAUGAUGGGACUUGUGUGAUGUUUAAUGAAAAGAUGUUAAAUUUUGUGAUAUGGAGCCAUGUAAUUUUUUUCUAAUAUAAAAAUGAAUAUCUAUAUUCGUAAGAUUAGGUCCUUAAUCUCUUUUGCCUCCAGUAUACUGGGUCUCUGCUUUUUCCCAUGAUUGGUCCCUGAAAACUUCAAAGGAGGAGAAAAUACAUACAGAGAAUUUUCCUUUUGGUUCCCCAGUAAUAGUACAACGAAUAGUAAUUUUAGCUAACAUUUAUCGAGUGAGGCAGUGUGAUAAAUUCUCUGAAUAGAUUAUCUUGUUUAAUCCUCUUAAGAAUCCUAUAUGAAGUAGGUACUAUAGUGAUCCCUAGCCAAAGAUGAGGAAGUGGAGACACAGUGGCUAAGUAGCUUGCUAAGUAAUAGGCAGCUAGCUGGCAGUGAUGCUGAAACCCAGACCCAGGCCAUCUGGCUCUUAUUAAUCAUCAUCUAAUGCCAGCAGUGCACCCUUCAUAGCCUGCACUCACCAUCGUCCCUUACUGUGGGUCUUCUGGUGGACAGGAUAUAACACCGAGUGUGAACUGGGGAAUCAACCUUUGGCAGUGACAAACCACACCUAAAUUAUGAUGAAUGAAUCAAGAUUUAUUAAAAAUGAAAAUAUAAAUUAUUUUAAAGUAUUACCAGUUACCAGAAUCACAGAAUCUAAGGUGGUGAAAUGUUGGUAAUAUUUAUAACUCCCAAAAUUCACUGCUCUUGAAUGAUAUGCUCAAACUAUUUAUUAAUGAGUUAGGCUAAUCCCUCUUUUCUGUUUCCUGCUCUCUGCAUCUUCUUUGGUAUAGGAAGUUCUUUUAUUCAUGUAGUAUUUUAUAUAAGCUUUAUAAGAAAUUCCUAACCCAGUCAUUCUCUUCCCAUAUGUUUGUGUUCUUCCUUAAGAAUAAUCGUGUGUGUGUGUGUGUGUGUGUGUGUGUGUGUGUGUAAGUGAGUAGCAACAUGGGUGUUACUUUUUCUCAUGUAAAGUUUUAUCCAGGUUUCCCUUUAUAGAUUAUGUUGAUGCGAACAAAGAUAAUAUGUAAAGAUUCUGUAUUGGAUUUGGAUUUGUGUGUGUGUUUUUAAAGCAUUUGAUAAAGUUAAAAUGUUUUUAUACAGACCUUUUGUUCAUUAAAAUCGACCUGCAACAUGGUAUAAUUUCUGUUGGAUUGAAACAAAUUGAAAACCUUAAAACCAGAAAAUUAAGUCAAUGACUUAUUUAAAAUCGACCCAGGCAAUUGACAUAUUAAGUUAAAAUGAAUUUUUAGUGAUUACCAGAUGUCCCCAUUUUGAAGAGGCAUCUCUAGUCUUAUUGUUUCUAGGACUGGUUCUUAGCAAUCUCCUUAGGAAGCUACUAUUGGUUUUGAUUUUUGGUUCUUUUUUUUCUAUUCUGUUUGGCUAUUAGAGUGGGAAGGUGGGAUUCGGUGACUUUUAAAGUCUCUUCUAACUCUGUGAAUCUGUAACUUUGCUCACUGCAAAUGGUGCAUAGAGUUCUAUCACUACCUUACACUUAUUACUUUUUAGUUGAAGUCACAGUAGUCUUUUUUUUUAGAAUAGUCUUCAUAUUUAUAGAAAUGAAUUUAUACAACUUUGUAAUUAAAUUCUUAACUUACCAGAAAAUUUCUUAGGUUUUCUUUAGUUUCAGA